AAUGGCUCAAUGAAGCAAUUCAGAAUGAACACAUUAAUUUUUAUAAAUAUAAUGACUUUAAAAAUACCCAAAAAAUUGGUUCAGGUGCUUCUGGAAAAGUUUAUAAAGCAAUAUAUAACAAUAGUAGUACUUUUGCCUUGAAAUCCUAUAAACAUGAUACAACACAUAUGAAAGAAGUUAUUAAUGAGUUGAAAUUAUUACGUAAAGUUGACUACCAUCAUAAUAUUAUUCGUUUUUAUGGUGUCACUAAGAAUGAAG